AGUAGCAAUAGGAUGAAUCACAAAUCGCUCUCUGUAGGGCAUCUAAGGUUGUCAAAUGUAUUUCUAUUGUACCCUAUUUAGUGUACUUACACAGGGAUCAUUCAGGCGUUUGGGAUACAGAACAGAUUAGUGCUCUCUUGCGCCCUUACUUGUGAAACUCACGCUUCCUCAUGUUAAGCCGCACUAUCUGUUCUAGACUGUAUUUGCGUUAUGUUUUGUUGCAGAAGAGAAUAUUAGUCGAUGAUAAUAUUUUAUUCAGACAGUUUUGCAGCAGGAUGGACCGCGCAGUUGUGCGCUGUGUGCCCUCGGAGCCCAAGCUGACUAUUUCAUUCACAGUGGCCGGUAGUUACAGACACAUGCUGAGGGAGCAAACAGAGGAGCUGGGUAAAGUGUUGGCCCGGAUAUCUAACAGUAUUAUCAAGGCGCAGAGCAAAGGGAAGAAGUCGAAGAGGAGUAAAGGUGAGAACACGAACACGGAUGCGGCUGAACCGGUGGUGCGGCUUUACUUUAACGGCGACUUGGUGGCUGAAGACGCACUGAACCGCGACGCGUGGCAGGACGGCGCACUUCUGCAGAUCGGAGACGCAAAAUACAAAGUCGAACGCAAUCCUCCGACUUUCACCACCGCACAGCUCCCUGCGUCAGUCCUCGCCGGAUUUCCUGUCUGCCCCAAACUGGAGAUUGAAUUCGGGGAUUUGAGGUUCUGUGUGUUUAAGUGGUACAAGGAGAGCUCUCCAAAUGCGCACACACGUGGAGAAGAGGACUCCUGGGUGGAAGCAGGAAGCGACCGAGUGUUUACACCAUCCAAUAUGGACGUGGGCUUGAGACUGAAGCUGAAAUGCAUGCCGGGAAACGAGUCCAGGUUAGGCCUUGAGCUAGAGCUGGUAACCUUAAGCACAGUGGAGGCUGGUCCAGGGGUUUGCACGUUUGACAGCAGACACUUGUACACCUGCAAGCUCACGAAUGACUCCACGACCAGGGUUGUGACAUACAACAUCUUAGCAGACAUCUACAGUCAAACUGAGUUCUCUAAAACAGUCCUGUACCCUUACUGCGCUCCAUAUGCGCUUGAACUCGACUACAGGCAGAACCUCAUCAAGAAGGAGCUUUCAGGCUAUAAUGCAGACAUCAUCUGUCUCCAGGAGGUGGAUAAAGGAGUUUUCGGUGAUAGCCUGGCACCUGCACUGGACGCAUUCGGCAUGGACGGGGUGUUCAAAGUGAAAGAGAAGCAGCACGAAGGACUGGCCACGUUUUACAGGAGAUCGAAGUUCAAGAUGCUGUCAAGACACGACGUGAUGUUGAGCGAGGCCUUAGAAAUGGACGCACUCCAUAGAGUGCUCCUGGAGAAACUGUCCACCAACCCAGUGCUGAAAGCGAAGGUGGUACAGAGAAGUACAACGUUGCAGGUAACUGUUUUCCAGUCCAUAUGCGAUCCAUUAAAGAUAGUGUGUGUCGCAAACACACAUCUCUACUGGCACCCUAAAGGAUCAAACGUUCGAUUAAUACAGAUGGCUGUGGCCCUAAAUCACCUGAAGAAAGUCAUGGCGGAAGAACACGCCAGCACUCUGAUAUUCUGCGGCGAUUUCAACAGCACACCAUCAUCAGGACUCUUUCAGCUGCUCAGUCAGGGUUCGAUUGCAGAGCAGCACACUGACUGGGCAUCUAAUGGGCCUGAGGAGCUUCUUCAAAUGGAGCUUCACAGCCCCUUUCAGUUGACCAGUGCGUGUGGAGAACCGGACUACACCAACUUCGUAGGAGGCUUUAAUGGUUGUCUGGACUACGUUUUCAUUGAGCUGCAGGCACUGCAGGUAGAGCAGGUUAUUCCUCUGCCCAGUCACGAGGAGGUCACCACGUACCAGGCCCUUCCCAGUGUCUCUCACCCAUCUGACCAUAUCGCUUUAGUCUGCGACCUCAAAUGGAAAUAAGGUUGAGACGCAGCCUCAGCUUUCGUUCUGCAAGUGAACAUCUAGAUCGGGUUUUAAAUCUACAGAAUCACGUUCCCUUCUCCGGCUGAGGGUAGAACACUUCACUUUCUGAUUUAUCAAUCUGUUUGACUGAUGGAUUAUUGUGGUGAUAUUUACAUCUAUAAAGAGCAUGAACAGC